GAAAGAAUACAAAAAGAGAGUAUGGAUCCAAACCCAGCGCUCCCAAAGCAUCAACUCAAAUUCAGGAUAAACAAAACCACAGACCCGGCCAGUCACCCAGUCACGUAUAUAGAUAUUAUGUGCCACUCUCACAGAAAAGACUGAAACAAAACCCAAAACAAAAAUGGCUCCCUCGUCUUCUUCCCCUUCCUCCAAAUCCCCACCUCCCCCAACAACAACCCACUUCACUCCUAUUCAAGAAGAAGAUGGAAAUGAGAGUACUAGUACUACCACCCCUAACAAAGCUACUCCCAAGCACCACAACUCUACACCUCUCCACUAUUCUCACAAGCACGGCAAGCGACACUGUAAGAAGCGCUCGGAGAUAUCCACCGGUUCGUCGUCGGCCACUCGCGAGGAAGAAGACGACGACGACAUGUCGGUGAACUGCAACAAGUGUCGUCCAAACGCUCGAGAAAAGAUCUCGGUGGUGCCCUUGGACAACAACAACGGGUUCAAUCGCAAGAACGGCUCGUCGUCGUCCGUGUUCAUGGCCAGCCCAAACGGCAUUCUGAAGUCGAUUCUCUCGUCGUUCACCCGGAAGAGCCCGAAAUUACCGAUGGACCCUUACGCGGCCGCGAGGGAGGAGAAGUGGAAGGUCGCGGUGGCGGAGCUCUCGCAGAAGCUGAUUCAGACGACGAGGAAAAAAGACGAGGCGCUUCUAGAAGCUUCGAGGCUGAAAUACUCGAUGGCGGAGCUGGAGAAGAAGCUGAACAAGCUCGAAGUCUACUGCCAUGGAUUGAAGUCCGGGCUUGAAGAAUGCAGCAGCGGCAAUUCGCCGUACCAGUUGGGAUCAAAGCCUCAAAAUAAACGACACGGCUUCACCGGGCUCAACGACAACAACAAAGCCGUCGUGGAGCAUUUCUUGGUCGCCGUCUCCGAAGCCCGGACCUCGGUCCGGCUCUUAAGCCGGUCGCUGACGAUGCAGCUCAGGCACAUGGCGGGAAGCAAAGUAUACGACAAGAUCACAGCUCUUCUUCAGCCGUACGACAUCAAGGUCUCGUUGUCCAAGAACCCAAGAAGCUUGCUUUUCUACUUGGAAGCUCUGCUGAACAAGACUUUCUUCGACGAGUUCGAAUCGCCCGGGUUCUGCAAAAACUCGGCCAACCACAUCCUGAACCCGGUCGAGCGGUGCGAGGCGAGCUACGCGUCGUUUGAGCUGCUCCGGGGGCUGACGUGGGACGAGGUUUUGAUCAAGGGGACCAGGCAUUUCAGCGAAGAGUUCAGCAGGUUUUGCGAUAGGAAAAUGAGUGAGAUAGUGGCGAUGUUGGGCUGGAAUCGGGCCUGGCCCGAACCGCUUUUGCAGGCCUUCUUUGGGGCCUCCAAGAGUGUGUGGCUGGUGCAUCUUCUGGCCACGUCGGUCCACCCGAGCUUGCCGGUUUUCCGGGUCGAGAGUGGGGUCGGGUUUGACCCGGUUUAUAUGGAGGAUAUGGGCGGAGACAAGGCGAGGAAGUUGGUACCUUCUGUGGUUCGGAUCAUGGUGGCGCCGGGGUUUUAUGUUUAUGGGAGUGUGGUCAAGUGCAAGGUGCUUUGCAGGUACAAUAGCAAUAGUAAGGGUUUGACCCAUUCGUCACCUUAAAUUUGGGACCUUUUUUUACUAGCUCUGUCAUACUUAAUUUGUUGCUAUUUUGAUCUGGUUAUGUGGUAAUAUGAUGUUAUUAUGUACGUGUCAUUUAGUGUAAUGGUAAUUUGGAGAUCAAAAGAAGUGACAUUUUCUUUCUUUGUUCUGAUA